AUGGAGACGCUAUCCACAGACCCCGAAAAAGUCGAACACAACCGAAGUCGUGAAGAAAACCCAAGUCUUGGUAGUACCAUCUACGAGUCUGAUUCUAUCACCUCACAAGAACUUUCAUCCACAUCCUCUCAAGAUGCGCAGGAAUACAUGUCCCGUGUACAGACCGCAUACUCCCAAUAUGAACCUAGCCUCGAACGCCAUCCCACAGCACUAAGCAGGAUCGCAACACAUCGAAGUCAACACACAGCAACAGUGGGAGCAUCAACGAAGUCCCGAGAAACAUACAAACCUUUACCUGAAUUUGGAGCCGGAAAACCAUACCCAGAGCAGUUACCAGAAAAGGAAGAGUAUGUAGUGGAGUUUGCAGGCCCAAAUGAUCCCCUUCACCCUCAAAACUGGUCUAUGGGCAAGAAGAUAGCAACCGCAAUGAUGCUAUCAUGGACGACAUUCAACGCGACAUUUACCAGCAGCAUAUACUCCACUGCAAUCUCAGUUAUAUCCCCGGAGUUUAAGAUUUCUACAGAGGUAGCUACCCUGGGCCUAUCAUUAUACGUGCUUGGAUUUGCAACAGGGCCAAUUAUAUGGGCACCACUGUCCGAGCUACAUGGUCGACGUCUACCUAUAUUAAUCUCCAUGUUCGGUUUCACCAUAUUUCAAUUCGCCGUUGCAACAGCCAAAGACCUUCAGACUAUUAUGCUAUGUCGCUUUUUCGGGGGAUUCUUCGGCGCAUGUCCGCUUGCCGUUGUGGCGGCUGUUUUCUCGGAUAUUUUCGACAAUCGCAUUCGCGGACUUGCAAUCACAGUCUUUGCAAUGACAGUCUUCACAGGCCCACUAUUCGCUUCCACCCUCGGAGGCUUUAUUGUACAAAGCCCCCUAGGUUGGCGAUGGACCGAAUAUCUUACCGGGAUAACGGGUGCUUCGGCCUUGAUUCUCGAUAUCCUUUUCUUAAACGAGACAUACCCACCCGUUGUUCUCGUGAAAAAGGCCGCUGAGCUACGCCGACGCACGAAGAACUGGGGAAUCCACGCGAAACAAGAAGAGAUAGAGAUUGACUUUCGCGAACUUCUACAGAAGAACUUUAGCCGGCCGAUCAAGAUUCUUUUCACAGAGCCGAUUGUCCUAUUACUCAGUAUAUACAUGGCCUUUCUAUAUGGUCUUCUCUACCUCUUCCUCACAGCUUAUCCGAUCGUCUUUCAAAAGAUCCACGGAUUUGAGAAAGGUGUCAGCGGACUUCCUUAUAUAGGAUUAAUCAUCGGCGAGUUCCUUGGUGGACUGUUCAUCAUCCUCACUCAGCCUUGGUAUAACCGGAAGCUCAAGGCUAAUAAUGACAUUCCAAUUCCGGAAUGGCGCCUACCCCCAGCAAUUGUGGGGAGCGUUGCUUUUUCUGGCGGCCUAUUCUGGUUCGGGUGGUCUGGAUUUAGGGCUGAGACCCACUGGAUUGUUCCUACUUUGUCCGGCCUGCUGAUAGGCUUCGGGUUGCUGUGCAUUUUCUUGCAGGCAUUUAACUAUAUUGUCGAUGCUUACCUUCUCUUUGCUGCGUCUGCAUUGGCUGCUAAUAGUAUCCUACGAUCUACGGCUGGAGCAGUAUUCCCUCUCUUUGCUACGUACAUGUUCGAUUCGCUUGGUGUUAACUGGGCUAGUACAUUGCUCGGUUGCGUCGCUGCUUUGUUGAUACCUCUUCCAAUUUUGUUUUAUCUUUAUGGACGCAGGAUUCGGGCGAAGAGCAAAUAUUCGACAGACUACGUGACAGCUACAAAGGUCCAUGCCCUGGAAGAAGACGAGUAA